AUGAGCUUAAUGGGUCCAAAGAAGGAAUUGACAAGUAUCUCUUCCAAAAAGCCUAGAAAGCCAAGGAAUUCCAAGCCAAGAAAUCGGCUCCCGAAACUAACAAAGAAUGAGUUGUGCAGUAUGAUGUGUAUCAAAGUAACAGAAGGGGGUCUUCGACUCAAGGAACCGGAGAUUACAUUCCCUUUCCCAAUGUGGCUGAAUAAAAAGAAACAAGACACAGUAUCUGAACAGCCGAUAGAGGAUCCGAUAUCCCCGUCGAAGGUUAGUGAAAAUAAUUGUCAGGAACAAAUUGAGACGAAAAAGAGUAGUGAAUCCUUCAAUUCCUCUAAUGCGAAAAAUUUGACAAGCAGUGGUUACUGCCUCUAG